GCGGGUGUUUGUACUGUUUAAUAAAGAGUAUGACUACCUGCAAGUCCAGCGGUGUGAGGAUGUGGAUGAGUGUGCCACAGACAAUGGAGGAUGUGAUGUACAUUCUGACUGCAGCAACACCAUUGGUAGCUACAACUGUGGGUUCUGUAAGACUGGCUGGAUAGGUGAGGGUCGUAGAGUCUGUAUACCAGACAACCCCUGUACCACAGGCACUCAUAACUGUAACCAACAUGCCACCUGCAGCUAUGCUGGACCAGGACUCUUUAAAUGUGAGUGCAACCCUGGCUAUGCUGGAGAUGGUGUGUUCUGUGAUGAGGACUAUGACUUGGAUGGUCGCCCAAUCAGAAAUAUUGUGUGCAGCAUUAGACAGUGUAUUAAGGACAACUGUGCUGCCUACCCCAACAGUGGUUUGGAGGAUAAUGAUGGUGACAGCAUGGGAGACAUGUGUGAUCCAGAUGAUGACAAUGAUGCACUUUAUGACUACAGAGAUAACUGCCAGUUUGUGGCCAACUAUGAUCAGACAGACACAGAUGGAGAUGGUGUGGGUGAUGCCUGUGACAACUGCCCAGCAGACAGUAACACUGACCAGUUGGAUACAGACUCUGAUGGCCAGGGAGAUGCCUGUGAUACAGAUGAUGAUAAUGAUGGUGUGAAUGACUCUGCACCAGAUAACUGUCAGUUUGUAGCCAAUGGAGACCAGAGUGACGCAGACUCCGACGGCAUUGGCGAUCUGUGCGACAACUGUGUGAAUGUCGCCAACAACAACCAGACAGACACGGAUCAGAAUGGUGUAGGAGAUGCCUGUGAUGUGAUUGGAGCUAGUGAUAAAGACAGGGAUGGUGACAGCAUAUUGAACUUCCUGGAUAAUUGUCCAUAUGCUCCCAAUCCAGAACAGACAGAUAUAGACGGGGAUGGCCAGG